AUGAACUGGCGAACAACAACCGCAAUUUUGUGCAUUUAUGGAGCUGUCAAAGAAUUCCGACCCGCCACUCCAUUUUUGACACCAUUUUUAGUUUCGUCGGAGAAAAAUUUGACACUUGAAGAUGUCUAUUCACAAAUCUAUCCAUAUUGGACAUAUUCCUAUAUGAUUGCAUUGGUGAGAUUUUUUACACUGAUUUAUCACCAAUCCUCGCAAUUUUUUUCAGAUUCCAAUGUUUAUCCUCACCGACAUCCUCCGUUAUAAACCAAUAAUUUUGAUUGAAGCAUUUGGUCUUACAGUAACUUGGCUACUUUUGGUUUUUGGCCAAGGUGUUUGGCAAAUGCAACUUAUGCAAAUAUCAUUUGGAAUAUCUUCAGCUGCCGAAAUCGCAUAUUAUUCAUACAUUUAUUCAAUGGUAGAUCAGAAACAUUAUAAAAAAGCAACUUCGUAUGUCCGAACUUCGGCACUUUUUGGAAAACUUUUAGCUUUUCUACUUGGUCAAAUAUUGAUCUCAUCACAUUCUACGAAUUAUUUGAUGUUGAAUAUUAUCUCAUUGAUUGCUUGUUGUUUAGUGACAGUUAUUGCUAUCUUUUUGCCAAAAGUCAAAUCUAGAAAAUCAGUCGUAAAUAUCGAAACUGUUCAAGAAGAACCUCUUCAAUCUUAUGAUUCUGUAAUCAUCGAUGAAACUCCGAAAUCUUCAAGCUACACUAAAGAAUACUUCCGGAAAACUGUUGAAGAAUUGAAAGUGUGCUCAAAAAAUCGAGAAUUAUUGAAAUGGUCAAUUUGGUGGGCAUUGGCGAGUUGUGGAAUGUAUCAGGUUCAAAAUUAUAUUCAAUCACUUUGGCGAGAAAUGCAAAAUGAUCCGGAGAAUGUUGCAAACGGAUUUGUAGAACUCACCAAUACACUUCUAGGUAAACUUCUACUUUUCCAGAAUUUUCGAAAAAAUAUGUUUUUUUUCAGGAACUGCUCUCUCAUUUUCAAUUCAAUAUUUUUCAAUAAACUGGUCUCAACACGGUCAAUCUGUGUUAACAAUCACAUCUCUUCUCGUCGCCGGGUUACUGUAUUUAUGUUCGAAGACUACUGUAGUUUUAAUUGCUUAUGGGUCAUAUAUUGUUAUUAGUUCAAUUUAUCACAUGUUAAUCACCGCCGCCUCGUGAGUUUGAUGUUUUGAAUUCAAAUUAGAUUUUGAGCUAAUUUUGUUAUAGUUUGGGGUCGGGGAAAUCAAUGUGUUCCGAUCUUGAACAUCGGACCCUCAAAACCAAACUCAGUUAAAUUUUUCAGAGCAAACGUUGCAAAAGAAAUAGGAAAUGGUAAUAAUCAUGGACUGAUUUUUGGAUGCAACACUUUUGUCGCAGUUUUUCUUCAAACUAUUUUAACAUUAGUCGUUGUGGAUUCACAUUUUCUGCAUUUCGAUAUUCGAACUCAGUUUAUGAUUUAUUCAGGUUAUUUUGGAAUUGUGUCAAUAAUUUUUGCAACUUUUUGGAUUUUAUCCAAAUGUUCAAGGAAUGCAUAA